CAAAGUUCAUUAAGCUGUCAAACUUCGCACCGCGCCCGCGACCGAUCGCGACUGAUUGUUUUGUGCGCUUUCAACGGUGUUCGCGUGUUCUUUCAUUUUACUUUUUAAAAAGUGCAUUGUAUCUGGCACGGACGCCAGAAAUUUGCUUCCGAUUGCAUUAAUCUCCGGUUGCAACUUGCAACAGCAGUAGUAGCAGCAGCAGCAACAUGGAAACGACACCGUCAGAACAGUCAUCGGCAACGGACGGCACGGUUGUGACAGUGCCGGCACCGGCGAAGACGGCAUCAACGACGACGACGACGACGAUCCAACUGGACGACCGGCUGGAUCAGAUGACGCACGAUUACUACGACCCGAUGCUGAACCGGUACGACACCGGGCCGGGUGCGGAUUUGGACGACACCCAGCAGCCGGGGGCGUUGGCCGCGUCGGCUGCCGCGGCAGCAGCCAGCAAGUCGAGCAAUUUGUCGCACAGCGACACACCGGCUGCGGUGCGAAUUCGGCUGAAAAAUACCCGGGACCUGACGGAGGAUGGCCUGCGGGAGCUGUGCCGCGUGUACGGAACGGUCACCAACGUGCACAAACCGAAACAGGACGCCAGCACGGCUUUCGUCGAGUUUGCCAACCAGAGCGAGGCGGGAUUGGCCAUCCAGGAGCUGAACCGAAAGUUGGGCUUCCAGUUCUAUCCGGCGUUUGCGCACGAGAAGAAAACCGUUCCGCCGAUGGAUAUGAACCUGCCGGCGCCGCCACCGCCCUUCGAAUCGGCCGCCGAGGUGCAGCUGGUGCAGACCAUCGAAGCCAGUGGCGACGAGGAAAGCUGGGAAAUGACACUGGCCCCGCGGCGGAUCAAGACCGGGUUUUCGAUCCCGCUGAAGGUGCGCUUCCCGGAGCAGAGCACGAUGGCCACGGCUCCGUUCUACGUGAGCCGGACGUCGCCGCUGUCGCGGGUCGAUGCCAAUAGGAUUUUUAGCGUGGUCACAGUGCUGGACAGUGAGCACCGGGAGCUGAAGGCGUUAUUCGACGCCAAAAUCGAGGAACGGAUCGAGAAUUUCUGCAAACGUGAAGACGUCAACCGAGUGGAGUCCAAGGGCACCACCCCCAAUGGCAAGCCCCUGUUCGGCUUCAACGGCCUGUCCGCCGAAAAGAGCGCCCUAUUCCCGGAUUCCUUCUGUACGAAGUGUGGCCAACGGGGCUUCUUCAGCUGUAGUCUCUGCGGGACGCAGUACUGCUCGAAGCACUGCCAGCACGUGGACUACGAACGGCACAAGAUCCAGUGCGAGCCCAAAACGAGCGAAACCGAAUCCAGCCGGUGCUCCACGCCGGGCAAAAAAGGCGCAUUCCAAGAUUUGGACGAGUGUUGUCUGGUCCAGGAGGAAUUCCGCAAGGGGUCCCAUGUUGUGAUCCUGUCGGUGCUGAGCCCGGAACGAGUAUAUGUACGAUCGCUGGACAAGGAAAGCAACAAGGAGUACCUUCAAACGCUGAGCGAUAUUGCCCAGGCCGGACUGACGGCGGACAAGCUGACCGCUUUUCCGGAACCGGGUGACAUAUGCCUCGCCUUGUACGAACCGUUGAAGAUCUACGGUCGCGUUUUGAUCGUCAAAGUGACCCGGAAGAAUGUUCUCUGUGUGUUUAUCGAGUUUGGCCUGAUCAGCAUCGUGGCAAUGGAAGAACUUCGCCUCCUAGCCGAUAGCGAUCUCAAGCUCCGCAAAGUUCGCAUCCACAAGGUGCAUCUCAAGGGCAUCACCGAAGAGUACGGCCACAUCGAGAAAGCCAUGACCUAUCUGAACACCCUGAUCGAUCAACCGCUGGAGAUGAAGGUCCAGCUGGAAGUGGGCAACCUGGUGGACGGCGAACUCCGCACCGCCGCCGGAAUCAGCGUCAACAAGAAAAUCAACGAUCUCAUCACCAUUCCAAUCUGCAAGCCGUCGGAAAAUCCGGACUCCUUCGUCGACUACAAAACGGUCCCACACAAGACUCUCCCGCCGAACCAGAAGAUGGACGUCAUGAUUCUCAACCGGACCACCAUCAAGCUGGACUUCCGGGUGUGUCUGAUCGCAUACGAUGACCUGCCGUAUCUGCAGGACCUCCAGCGCAAACUGCAAAGCUACGGCAAGAAAGUCAACCGAUUCGUCGAACAUUACACACCGCGCCUGAACGAACUCUGCCUGGUUCGCAAUAUGGACACCUGGUACCGUGCGGUUUGCAUGGAAUCCGUAGGCGACGGUCGACCCACGGUUUACCUGUGCGACUAUGGAUGCCUCCUGAUGGCCCGUUUGGACGACAUUCGCAAGAUUCCGCCCUCGCUGGCAACGGAAGUCCGCACGACGGAUGCGCGGGUUUUCGGCGUGGAGGAAGCGGAGAAGGCCGGCGUCAAGAUCGACUCCGAGUUCUUGGACAUCUACCUGGAGGAGAACGAACGGAUGGCGGUGGAAACCGCCGAGGAGGUGGAGUUCAAGGAGUUCGAACAGGCCCUGUCCAAGGAGGAAACUUCCAUGCUGACGGUGAUCCGGGUUCCGGAUCUGAUCGGCUUCAUCGAGGAUCGAGCACAUUGCGUUUAAUCACGCGACGAUGACUGCUAUCAAACUUUUUACACCCAACGCGGGACGACGACCCUUCAAUCUGACACCAGGAUGUAAAAACACCACCCCACCCGCCGCUGGCUGUUCACCAUCGCAUCGUCGUCGCCACCCCGCCCGUCGAUUGCCGCAAAGGUGGGCGGAAGCGGCUUCUUUCUUACCACCGCAGGACUACGUGCUACUAUCAAAAUAUCAUUCAUCGCGGACGCGGCGGCAGCAGCAGCAGCAGGCUGAUGCGAGAGAGACCAAUACACGCUUGAUCACAGGAGGCCAGGACAUCCACACCUUUCACCAACACAAACUAGCACUCGCACACCUCACCAAAAAAACCCAAGUAAGCUAUGUGUUUUAAAUGUUGCUCCUUUAUUAUCACCCAUCAUCACAGAGAUCCCUUUUUAUGCUCGCUUGCUUGUGCUGGGAAUCGGACUUUUUUCCCGUCCACUCUCGCUCGCAAUGGGUGUCUGUCUCUCGUUCAUCCUUAUAGGCGGCUCUGGAGGGCGCCUGAGCGGGACAACGACAAAAAGUCGCACCAUGGGACACUUUUGAAAAAAAUGUGAUGAUCAAAACAUCUAAGAGCCGAGCCAUUAGGUGGUAUUUAAGCAUAUAGGUGUCUUCAGAAGAUAAGCUUACAAUAAUCUUGGUCACUUUUCUGGAUAUUAACUCUAUGGUAUGAUUCGGAUAACUGAAAUUUAUGCUAUCUUUGAAAAGUGCCUCUCAGAAUAGCAUUCGAAACCAAGGAGGCUUUUUCAAACAUGAAAGUGAAUAAUGAACAAAAUGCAGAGACUUGUUCUGAACGUUUUUUUAUCACACCUAUGUGCUAAAAUGGCAUCUGUUGGCUCUCAUAGAUUUUGAUCCUCUUUUCUCCAGAAUUGACCCACUGUGCGACGGACUGCAAGAGGGAGUGUAGUAUCCAGGAAUAACCCCCUCGUCGGUGUCGCUCGGUUCAACAAAGAAGCCGCGACCAUUGAAAAUUUUCCACUCCUUGCACCUUCGAUGAUCAGCAGCAGACACACAUCGAUUUCCGUAAAGUCCCAUCCGUUUUUCACUGGACACUUUUGGCCAUUGAAACAUAUUCCUUCCCAGCAGAACAGCACUUCCGGCCAAGACGGCCGCACAACACUCCCAAUCUUCGUUUUCUUCCUGGUGGGCCCCUUUUUUCCCCAUUUAAACAGCCCAAGGGAAACGCCUCAAUCCAGCCGUAGCAGCGUCGGCCAAAUUUUUCACUUCUCCAAGAACAAGAAAACCGGCCGGUUGUGCCAUAAUCAUAGUAGGCUGUGCGUGGGAGGUUUACCCAAAUUC